UUAUAAAGUGUUAGAAAAUGAGGAAUUGCACUUUGCGAAGGGAAAGAAAGAAGAGAGAGAAGCUGCGCACCUUUUCACACUAGUGCUGAUUGCUGAAACUGGCAUCGCUCGCCAUUUGCGCAAAGAUCCCAACAACAACACCAUUCGAAAGUUGAAACUGAAAAACACCAAUCCCUCCUCGUACGAGGUUUCCUUGUUCCGUCAUCAAUUCUCGUGUUUAAGGACACAGUUUGCUUGAUACGUUUUCAAGUUUUCAUCUCCAUGUUUUGAUUUUGAAGAAUAAGGAGUAUGCAAUUGACUACUACAGAUGUGGUUUUGCUAUAAGUGGCCUGUAUAUGGUUUCAGGUCUUGUGAGUGUAAGCAGCAUGGAGGAUAUUCAAUUGGAUAUUAGUUGGGACGAUGUCGCCUGUCCCAUAUGCUUGGAUUUUCCUCAUAACAGUGUUCUCCUUCAUUGUUCAUCUUAUGAUAAAGGAUGUCGUGCUUUUGUGUGUGACACAAAUCAAUUGCACUCUAAUUGUUUGGAUCGCUUUAAAAAUUCAUGUGGCAUGCCAUCCUCUCCAGUGUCUAAUGCAACUUCCACUGAAACUACUGAAAAUAGUGAUGAUCAUGAGGUAUCAAAUGGUCAAUGCAAUCUGACUUGCCCCUUGUGUAGAGGUGAGGUUUCUGGGUGGGUUAUAGUUGAUAAAGCUCGCAUUCAUCUUGAUGAGAAGAAGCGUUGUUGUGAUGAAGUGCGAUGUACUUUCAUGGGAAGUUACUUGGAGCUACAGGAACAUGCUCAACUUGAACACCCUCAUGCACGCCCAUCAAAAAUUGAUCCUGCCCGCCAGCUUGAUUGGGAGAAUUUUCAACAAUCGUCAGAGAUCAUAGAUGUUUUGAGCACUAUUCAUUCAGAAAUCCCCAGAGGGGUGGUUCUAGGAGAUUAUGUGAUUGAAUAUGGGGAUGACGAUGCUAGAGACGAGUUUGAAGACUUCCCUGGAGAUGAGGGAAACUGGUGGACCUCUUGUAUUCUGUAUUUUGACAACUUUAGAAGAUCCAGAAAUAGAAGGACAAGAGUCAGUCGUACAGGAAGGGAUAAUCGCCGUUUAAGUUAUGAUACUUCAAAUUCUGAUGAAGGUUCUGUAGUAUCUAUGGAGUAUGCAGAUUAUAGGAUAGAAGAGAUUGAUGAUGACUUUGUUAGUACUAGUGGCUCUUCAAGGGGUAGCAGUGGUUAUCGCAGGCACCAUGUGAAUUGAAGGGAAGAAAAAGUCAUGGGGACAUGGAAAACAUUGUGUUUCACGAUGCUAAGAUUACAUUUAGCUUGUCUAUUGCUUUUACCAUGAGAUGUGGUGAUUGGAGAACUCUGUAGAUUUGACAGUUCCAUGUGGUCACAUACUCAAUUUCUUUUGUUUUAUGCUUUUAGCUUUAAAAUCACACUUUCUGUCUGAAUCUAAGGAAGUAUGCUAGCAAUUACAAGCCUGUUGUUAAUUUCCUCAUAGGCUAGUGAUUUAGCUAGCAUUCUGCUGCUUGACUAUGGAAUAAUGAUUUUUUUUUUAAUUUUAUUUUCCCUGUACAUAUAGGAUAUAGCUAAUUGAUCGUGAUGUGUUUAUAAAAACAUAAAGAUGACAAUUUCUGUGUCACUCAAAUUAUUUUAUAUUUUGCCCAUUUACUAGUUGCUCGCUUGACUUCA